AUGGACGACGUCUCUGCCUCGCCGACUUCCGGCAAGACGCGAGCGUCGCUCUUCAGCAACUCGCUUUUUUCGUCUUCUUCCCCCUCGCCGUCUGGCCGGCGUGGGUCGUCUUCGUCUUCGCAGCUCGGCUCACCGUCCACAGAGACAUCGGCGUCCAAACUCGGUGGAGGGUUGUUUCAACAGACAUCGAUGGCGCUGCAGAACUUUGCGAUUGAGUCGGUCUUGGCCGCCUCGGCCGCACCACCAAGGUUGCCGGUUGCCAAGAACAAGGAGCCGCUUUCGUUGCCUACGACGACCAAGAACUUCAGAGGGUUCGUGCAAAAGUCGGGCCCUAUGUUUUGGUUCCAGGACGGCGUCGAAGCGACGCUUAUGUGGCAGGACACGAGCUGGACGUUGAUGUGGAUGGCGAUCUGGGCGGUCAUCUCGAUCUAUCCUUGGCUGCUGCUUCUUGCACCCAGCACCAUCUUAUCGGUCAUCCUCAUCAUGACGCACCGCGCUCGCUAUCAGGACACGAUGACGCCCAACAUUGUUCGCAUGGAGGUGCCCAAAUCACCCGCGUCCAAGGCUCGCAACCCAGACGACAAGGAGGCGGCUGCCACCACUGCCGCCCCCGCUGAGGUGCUGGCCUACUCGACAACGUUUCCGACCAACACGGGGGAGGGCGUCGUACAACCGCCGCUCGUUCCCAACCCCCCACACGAGGGGACUGUCAAGUAUUACGAAAAUCUGCGCGACAUCCAAAACAUGAUGAGGAUGAUCAUUGACGGCUACGACCUCCUCGCGCCAACCGUACCAUACCUCAACUGGUCCUCCUACAGCCGCAGUUUGCAUAUCCUCCAACUGUCGCUGCUCACUACCGUGCUACUCUUCUUCGUCGCCCCCUACGUGCCGUAUCGUGCCGUGCUGCUGUUGGCAGGGGAAGGCGCAUUCAUCCUCAACCAUCCGUGGACGAAACCGGCGCUGGAGGGAUUAUUCAAACGCAUCGACACGUCGAGGGAGGGCAGGAAGCUCGUCAAGGUCGCAAAGGAGGGCGGGCAUAAGCUGCGCGAGUGGAUCGAGCAGGACCGGCUGGAUGACUAUGUGUGGGAGCGCGGAUGGCGCAACGUCGAGAUGUUUGAGAAUGAACGGUUUCAGCCGGCCAAGAGAGCUGCUAGCUCCAGCGGUCUGGUGGGUGGGUGGAGUGCGCACAACUUGCGAAUGGGCGAAAGGCUGCCCUGGACGAAAGGCCCGGACGGAUGGUCGUCGGAUCAAGUCGAAGUGCUUCCCGGUCAUCAGAUCGAUAUAAGCAGGCAGGUAGCCAUGACCCUUGAACCGGGGUGGGAGUGGAUCCCCGGCGAUGACUGGCGCAUCGACUGGGGCGGCAGCUGGUCCGCCGUUGGCGUCGACGACCAGGGCUACGUCUACACCGACUCGAGCUGGCAGAAACCCGCCAGCUACGCCUACGGCCAUGGCGGCGGCGUCCCGGACUACCCACCCUCGAUCUUCGACGUGCAGGGCGAGGGCGACGAGUCGCUAGGAGACCAGGCGGAUGAGGCGGAUUCAGAUGUGAGGAGCACGCUGCCCCCGCUAAGCGCCGGUGUCGUGGACCACAAUCCCAAAAUGAGGUCCGAGACGAGGAGGAGGAGAUGGCUGAGACGUGCGGUGCGGUCUUCUGCAUGA